UAACGGUCGCGAGCUGUCAAAAGUGACAGCUUUCAAAACAUCACAGCAGGUUCGAGGACAUUUAUUAAAACUCUAGCGGCAAGAAUCAAAACUCUGGGAUGUGUCGACGAGCCGUACGCGAGUGGCUGGUGCUGCUGACCAUGGAGAAGUACAUCGGCAAGUUCCUGGGAGGAGGCUACGACAGUAUUGCGAACUGUAAGCUUAUUGUGGGCAGCGAUCUACUCAUGCUGGGAGUGGAUGAUGCGACGCAUAGAAAGCUCUUGCUCGAUGGAGUGCAGUUUCUGAUCAACGCGCCCGAAAGAUUCAUCUGCACGGAGCCAUGCGAACUUCAUCACCAUCUCGAAUUGAAUGUGGAUCCUAAUUUUGCCUCCUCAAAAUGCCUGGAAAGUUUUGAUUUCCUGAAAUCCCCGAAUAGAGAGGACGAUGACCCUCUCAUGGGGCCUUUGGAUUCACCAAAGACGGCCAGAAGGGCUUUAGAUCACGAGUUCGACGAUUUGGAUUUGGAUUUAGGGGAAGAUUUACAUUUGCCAUUGGAUAGUAUUACUUUAGAAAAACUACUCGAUGAGGAUGAUCCGCUCUCAGUAAUUAUGUCCGACUAACACAACACAAUCAAAAUGCCAAAUUAAGGAUAGCUUUAUAUUUCAAUGUAUUCACAAGAUGUGACUGCCAUGUUU